AUGAUCACUAGGAAUGCAGGUGUUUUUUUUUUUCUUCUCAUCCCUCCUCUAACAGUAGCCAUGAAGCCAACAUCUGCUGGCUGUGCAAUCUUAUUUUUUCUUAUUCUUUAUUCUUAUUUUCAUUCUUAUUCUUCAGAUCUUAUUUUCAUUCUUAUUCUUCAGCUCUUAUUUUCAUUCUUAUUCUUUAGAUCUUAUUUUCAUUCUUAUUCUUCAGAUCUUAUUUUCAUUCUUAUUCUUCUUCUGCUCUUAUUUUCAUUCUUAUUCUUCAGCUCUUAUUUUCAUUCUUAUUCUUCUUCUUCAGAUUUUAUUUUUAUUCUUAUUCUUCAGCUAUCUUAUUUUCAUUCUUAUUCUUCUUCUGCUCUUAUUUUCAUUCUUAUUCUUCAGCUGUUAUUUUCAUUCUUAUUCUUCAGCUGUUAUUUUCAUUCUUAUUCUUCAGAUCUUAUUUUCAUUCUUAUUCUUCUUCUGCUCUUAUUUUCAUUCUUAUUCUUCAGAUCUUAUUUUCAUUCUUAUUCUUCAGAUCUUAUUUUCAUUCUUAUUCUUCUUCUGCUCUUAUUUUCAUUCUUAUUUUCAUUUUCUUAUUCUUCAGAUCUUAUUUUCAUUCUUAUUCUUUCUUUAGAUCUUAUUUUCAUUCUUAUUCUUCAGCUAUCUUAUUUUCAUUCUUAUUCUUCAGAUCUUAUUUUCAUUCUUAUUCUUCUUCUUAUCUUAUUUUCAUUCUUAUUCUUCAGCUGUUAUUUUCAUUCUUAUUCUUCAGAUCUUAUUUUCAUUCUUAUUCUUCUUCUGCUCUUAUUUUCAUUCUUAUUCUUCAGCUGUUAUUUUCAUUCUUAUUCUUCAGAUCUUAUUUUCAUUCUUAUUCUUCUUCUGCUCUUAUUUUCAUUCUUAUUCUUCAGAUCUUAUUAUUAUUAUUAUUAUUCUUCAGCUGUUAUUUUCAUUCUUAUUCUUCUUCUGCUCUUAUUUUCAUUCUUAUUCUUCAGCUGUUAUUUUCAUUCUUAUUCUUUAGAUCUUAUUUUCAUUCUCAUUCUUCAGCUGUUAUUUUCAUUCUUAUUCUUCAGAUCUUAUUUUCAUUCUUAUUCUUUCUUAUCUUAUUUUCAUUCUUAUUCUUUAGAUCUUAUUUUCAUUCUUAUUCUUCAGAUCUUAUUUUCAUUCUUAUUCUUCAGUUAUUAUUUUCAUUCUUAUUCUUCAGAUCUUAUUUUUUUCAUUCUUAUUCUUUUAGAUCUUAUUUUCAUUCUUAUUCUUCAGAUCUUAUUUUCAUUCUUAUUCUUCAGAUCUUAUUUUCAUUCUUAUUCUUCUUCUGAUCUUAUUUUCAUUCUUAUUCUUCAGAUCUUAUUUUCAUUCUUAUUCUUCUUCUGCUCUUAUUUUCAUUCUUAUUCUUCAGAUCUUAUUUUCAUUCUUAUUCUUCUAGAUCUUAUUUUCAUUCUUAUUCUUCAGCUGUUAUUUUCAUUCUUAUUCUUCUUCUCUUAUUUUCAUUCUUAUUCUUUAGAUCUUAUUUUCAUUCUUAUUCUUCAGAUCUUAUUUUCAUUCUUAUUCUUCAGCUAUCUUAUUAUUAUUCUUAUUCUUCUUCUGCUCUUAUUUUCAUUCUUAUUCUUCAGCUGCAAAGAAAGAAAUAAAUAUUUAGUGACAGUCUCUCUUUUCUCGUUCUUGAAGAUCAGAUGUAUCUUCCUUCUCUCCACUCCCACUUCUUCCAGGGUAACCUGUCUUCCUUCUCUACAUUUCAACUUCCUUUUCUCUUUUGAUAAACCUCUUCCUUCUUUUCAUCCCAUAUUCACUUCCUUCCUUUCUCCAUCUUCUCCCUCCUCCUCCUCCUUCACCUCUGUCCCCUUCCUCUGUACUUCUUUUCUUUCCCCCCCCACAACCUUUAUGAAUCAUCAGCUCAAGCAAAUGAUACUAAAGAAUUUUGCUUAG